ACAAUCAUUCUAUCCCCUAUUGUUUUUAUCGUGGUUUAUUCCCCCCCCCCCCACGACGCACUAGUCUCCCUUCUCUUGACUGAGAAAGGGUCUCAUUGCGGCUGGGAUCCGAUCUAGAUUGCACCGAGCCUUAGGCCCUUAGCUUCUUCCCUCCGCCGUUCGCCCCCCCACUUAGAUACGUCGCUUUCCCUCAGAACCCUGCUUUCCAUCUAUCACUCUAUCACCCUCCGAUUGUACACACUAGCAUCGAUUUACAAGAACAAUGCUCGGCGAAGGUCCAGAGGACACUUCUCGGCCGUAUCUGCCGCCGUCGCUCGAAGAUGAAGAGGCUCGCUCAGUCGAUCCCGACGCUUCCGAUCCGCCUCAGGACGAGGAAGCGGCGCUCCGAUAUCUGCCCGUGUGGCUACGGGAAUCAUCCAAAUCAUUUCGUUGGGGCUGGGUACCAUUGCCGCUGCGCAAAGUCGGUCGAGCCACCGCUGAAUGGGUCCGGGGUCCCAAUCCCCCGCGAUCACUGCUCCUAAGGCCCCUGCUCCCACAGAUCCAGGAGCUGCCGGUCCGUUAUUUGGAGCGCUUCUUCCCCAAGCGCAAACAGAAAAUCGCACUGUUGCUGCUACUGUAUGUCGCCUGGUUCCUGCCGUGGAGUCUGGUGCUAUGGCACUCCCGGCAGGCCGGGUAUAUCGAGGGCUAUGGGCGUCCCCAGACACUGUCCUGCCGGACAAGUUUCUGGGCGCACGGGAAUGAAUGUGGUCUGAAUGGCAACGACUGUCGCCCGUUCUCUGAGUCAACAAUCGCCUUCCGCUGUCCUGCCAACUGUCACGACGCCAAGUUGUUGGAGCCUCAUAUGGUCGGCAACGAGACUUACAGUUAUCGGGGGCUAGUCGUGGGAGGACCGGAGCCCGACUCGGAUGAGCCCGGUGUCUACCGGGCAGAUAGCUAUGUCUGUCAGGCGGCCAUCCAUGCUGGCGUUAUCACUAACACGGUGGGUGGCUGUGGUGUGGUGAAGUUGGAGGGUGCUGCGCACUCGUUCCCGCCGUCGAAGCAGAAUGGGAUCCGCUCGGUCGUAUUUCCAUCUACCUUUCCCAAGUCAUUCAGCUUCGUGGAACUGUCUUCGUCGCAGGCGACAUGCCCUCAAGAUCCUCGGUGGCCGCUACUUGGCAUCACCAUUGGUGUGCUGAGCGUACUUUGGAUCUUUAGCACCUCCUCGCCGGUGCUUUUCUUCAGCACCUUUUUCAUGCUGUUCUGCCAAGUGGGCCUGGUCUCAGAUCCGCCUUCUUUCACCCAGUUUGCCGACCUGCUCUCAAGUCUGCUGUCACGACUGCUGCCGGCCUCUUUCGUGGCUUACGUCCUGUACAAAUACUGCGCUCGGCCGCUGUUGGAUCCGCUGUCUGAGCCUGUCUAUCAGAUUACUAAGACGCUGCUCUACUUGCCACCUGCAUUUAUUGGCGGUCUGAACAACUAUACCUUUGCGAGACUGAUUCCCUUGGAGCGACUUACACCCCACGAUAUCCAGAAACAGCCCGGAGCCAAAGUAGCACUGGCGCUUGUCAUUCCCACGGUCAUCUGUAUUAUUCUCACUCAAGCUUGGCAGAUUCGCAUGGGUGGCUUGAUGCCUCGCUACCUCAAGAUCUAUUGUACGAUGGGUCUUAUCCUUCUGAUCUUGCUUCCUCUGCCGGGUCUCCGGUUGCGUAUCCACCACUACAUUCUCGCCAUCCUACUGAUGCCUGGCACGGCCCUCCCAACUCGACCAUCUCUGAUUUAUCAGGGCUUGCUCUUGGGUCUUUUCAUCAACGGCGUUGCCCGGUGGGGGUUUGCGUCGAUCAUUGAAACACCCGCGGCUUUGGGCGAGCAAGCCCCGGGUCCUGGUGGAGCGCACGGGUGGUGGGGCGGCACCUACCCCAAUGUCACCGACUCCUCCGUGACGAUUUCGCUGCCGGGCUUGGACACCCACGAAACCCACCACGGCAACGGCAAUAUCACAUUCACUCUCUGGGAGCGGCAACGUAUGAACAAAUUGGGUGUGGAUGGGAUCUCGGUUUUGGUGAACGACGUCGAGCGCUGGCGCGGAUACCUUGACGAAGACAAGCGCGGAGAAUUUAUCUGGCAUAGACAUGGACAUAACGGGCUUGAACUAUUCCACCGGCCGACAAUCGAGAGUGAUGUGAUGGAUAUGGAGGUCCUCCGUGAGGACGAAGAUUCGCAACCCGAGGAUCUCUUCUUCCGCUUUGCUUUCCUCAAGGGAGCGGAAGCUGGCAAGUACGGAGGGGCUGGUGUCUGGCUGAAAGAUGGACGAUGGAUGUCACCGCCAGCUCCAAAGUCUUAGACUUGGUGUAACGUUGCAUGGUCGAUUUUAGAGAGGGUGUUGACGGAGUAUAAAUCUGUGUUUCUGAUUAACAAUCGCUCUCGCCUGACCAGGCUCGGUGUUUGUGCAUGCUGUGAUAGUAGAACGUAUAUAGAAGUACAAGCGUAUAUGAGAAGUACAUGAGCUUAAA